AUGGCACCAAAUAAGCCAUUGGAUAACGACGACGAGGAGAAUGGACUACAGGCUGUCGUAUUUGCAGACAGCUUCAAUUCACGUUUCAAGCCAUUUACAGCUACCAAGCCGAGGUGUCUGCUACCUCUAGUAAAUGUUCCAAUGCUAGCUUGGACUUUGGAGAGCCUCGCUGCAGCUGGAAUUGGACAUGUGUUCCUAUUCACUUGCACACACGCUGAUCAGAUAAAGGAGUGGUUGAGGAACUCUCACUUCUCUUCUGCUCACUCCACUCUCACUGUAACUCCAAUUGUGUCCACCACUAGUGUUAGCGCGGGUGACGCAAUUAGAGAGCUAGACGCUAAACAGCUCAUACGCACCGACUUUGUUCUUAUCUCAGGUGACGUCGUUUCUACGGUGGACAUCCACCGCGUUGUCGCUGAGCAUAAGGAGCGAAGGAAGUCGAAUAAAGACGCGAUCAUGACCAUGGUAGUGAAGAGAGUUGGUGCUAGUCACAGGCUUAGACCUCCAGCUGAAUCACCCGUCUUUGUUAUUAGUCCCGAGAAUCACCAACUACACACAUACUCCACUAUAGCACAUCCAUCCACCACCAAAUCUGCCACUCACAAGCGUAUCUCCAUCCCUGAAGAAUCUCUCGAAGCUGGUGAGCUGCAAAUAAGAAACGAUCUCGCAGAUUGCUACAUUGAUAUAUGUGCAGUGGAUGUCCUCCUUCUUUUCACUGAAAACUUCGACUAUCAAGAUCUGCGCCACGACUUUAUUAACGGGAUCCUCACCUCGGAUCUUCUUGGCAAAACGAUCCACGUGCACGCGAUAGAAGACGAGGAGGGGGGUUAUGCAGCGCGCGUGAUGGAUAGCCGCUCAUACGACGCCAUCAGCCAGGACAUAAUCUCUCGCUGGACGUAUCCGAUGGUGCCUGACGAGUGCAUGCCUGGAUCUGACCGACUCCUGCAUCACCGCGGACACCGCUACUAUGGGAAGCAGGGGGUGGAUGUGGCUGAGAGUGCGCGUGUGGGUGUGUGCUCGGUGCUCGGCUCGCAUUGCACUGUUGCGGCGCACUCUACACUCGACAGAUCGGUGCUGGGGCAGGGUGUGGCUGUGGGGGAGAACACCCAACUCUCCCACUCGUACAUCUGGAACAAAACCUCUAUCGGCAGUGGCUGCAGCAUCUACCAGUCUAUCGUCGCUGAUGGCGUCGUUAUCGAGGAUGACGUCUCUCUCCACACCGGCUGCUUUGUCGGCCAUGGAGUGCGUCUGCUGAAAGGAACCUCGCUGCCGCCCUACACGCGGGUAGGUAGUGAGAGGUGGAGUGAGGAUGGUGUGGAUGAUGGGAGUGAUGAAGAGCACUCCAACCAUCUCGACAAGAAACGCGCCGCCAUCCUCGGCCCAUCCUCCACGGCCUAUCUCUGGCCAUCUGACAAGGUAGACAUGGAGGUAGAAGAUGUUGACAGUUCCGACGACGACGAAGAAGCCGCGCUGAGUAUGCGCUACUCUCGCAUAGGAAUGUCAGCUGGCACGGCAGCCGCCCACUCCACGUCGUCCCUCUCGACCAUCUCAGGCGGCGAGAGCGACGAGAGUGAGGAGGACGACGACGAGCUCCACCACGCCACUGACAACCUUACGCUCGAAAACGCCGGCAAAGUUGGCGCCGCGGCUGACUUUGCCCACGAGUGCACGCAGUCCCUCGAGCGGGCAUUCGAAGAGGGCCACACAUCCGAGAACGCCGCGAUCGAGUUGAAGACACUACGCAUGGCGUCUAAUGUGCCUCUCGGGGAGGUGCGCAAGGUGGUAGUAGACUUCUGUCUCAGCAAGGUGGAGACGGAGGCUGGUGAGGGUGUGCAGGCGUACAAGGCUGUCGAAGAUGUGCUGGGCAGGUGGGCGCCGCUCGUCGUCGAAAUGACCAAGGAGGACCAGACACACACUGUCCUAUUAGCACAGCAGUUCUGCGCUAUCCACCACGCUUCUCAUGCAAACAUCUUCCUCGCCGUGUUGAGGGCUCUCUACGAAUACGAAAUCGUUACAGAGGACGCCUUCUUCGCGUGGUACAAACUCGAUCAGGCAAGGGCAGAUGGAGGGAUUAAGUCGUUGUGGGAUAAGUCGAGAAGAUUCAUCGAGGCAUUGCUCGAAGCGGAGAGCGAGAGUGAGGAGAGUGAGAGCGAGUAA